AUGGGUGACGGUGGUGUCCUGCUCACCGCACUUGUCCUGCUGCUGGCCGCCGUGGCUGUCUGCUGGGCCAUCGGCCACUGGCAACCACGGCGGCGGCACACACGGACAGCAGCGACGAGGAGCAAGCGCUCCCGCGUCCGGCCCAGAGGCUCUCGGAGGAAGCGAGGAGCCCCCGCGGCUCCCAGGUCCUGCGGGCCUCGGGCCACCUCUCACAAGCGGCCACGCGCUCCCGCCAGCCCCACGCGCGGCGCCUGCAGCUGCCGCCGCUGCACGGCAGUGGCCCGCGAGCUGCAGGAACUGAUGCUGCUGCUCUGGGCUGGCACUGGGACACGUGUGCCGCUCUACGCGGGGAUGUGGCAGGCGCUGUGGGAAGGACUGGAGGAGCUGGGGAAGCGAGGCCACCUGCCCUGCUGCGGCUCCUUCAGAUCCUCCACAAGCCUCCGUCCCCGCAAGAGGCUGCUCCCAGCAAGACUCUCCAUCCCUGGGAGCGCCUCAACCCCUGCAAGGAUGGCACAGCAGCGGAGACCCGCCAUCCACGCAGGAGGUGCAGGCUGUCAGAGACCCUCCAUCCUGCCAGGAGCCUCUGCUAUCUCUGACAGCCUCCAUCCCUCGCAGAGGCUCAGUGAGACCUGUCGGCCUGCAGAAGGUGCAGAGCCCAUGCACAGGUCUCCCAGCUCCCUUGGGCUCACGGACUUCAAGGGCACAACCCCGAGCCUUGACGUGGCCAGGGAAAGCCCUGAAGUCCAGAUGGGAGCCCAGCCUGAGGCAGGGGAGCUCCAAGAGACCUGUCGGCCUGCAGAAGCUGGCAACAGCCCCAGCCUGGUGGUGGAGCCGAUCCUUGAGACACCAAGGAGUCUCCUCCAUCCCCAGGAAGCUGCCGCACCACGGCUCUCGACUACCUCGAAGGCCUUCGUAAGAGCAGCUGCUCCUGGGACGCCCCCGGGCGAAGCCUCGGGCUGUAGCCCCGGCCGGCCACAAGAGCUGAGCGCGGCCCACGACGCCGGGGAUAGAGACGGGCGAAAGAAGGAGCUGCAGGAGCUCUACCAGCUGGGCCCGCAGCUGGGCAGCGGCGGCUUCGGCACCGUUUUCUCGGGCGUCCGCCUCUCGGACGGGAGGCCGGUGGCCGUCAAACGCAUGGCCCGGGAGAGCGUCCUGCAGUGGGUCGAGCUGCCCGACGGCACCUGCGUUCCGAUGGAGAUCGCGCUCAUGGAGAAGGUGGGCUCCGGCUGCCGCUUCAUCAUCCAGCUGCUGGACUGGUUUGAGCUGCCUGACAGCUUCGCGCUGGUGAUGGAGCGUCCGGAGCGGUCGCGGGAUCUCCUGCAGCUCCUGCGGGAGCACGGGUUCCUGAGCGAGGACAAGGCGCGCUGGCUCUUCUGCCAGGUGUUGUGCGCCGUGCAGCACUGCACCGCCUGCGGCGUCCUGCACCGGGACAUCAAGCCGGAGAACCUCCUCGUGGACCCGGCAUGCGGAGAUCUGAAGCUGAUUGACUUCGGCUGCGGCACCUUCCUCCAGGAGCGAGCCUUCACGCGAUUUGCCGGUGAGCCGAGAGCCCCAGCCCGGGCCCUGCUCCCGGUGCCGGGCACUGCACGGCCCCGUUCCCUCCUCGGCCGUGGCCGUGGGGGGCGGCGUUCAGCCGGCUGCCGCCAGCCCUGUGGCACGGGGCGGAGCCGUGUCCCAGGAGCCGGCUGCCGGCCCUGCCCACACAGGAGGGGGGGCCGCCAAAGCCGGGCCCCGGCCGCUCGGCUCGGCAGCCCCGCGAGGGCUGGGGCUGCCCCGUCGGCCUUGUCUGCCUUGCAGAAGGGGUUCUUGGCUUGGGCCGGAGGGCGCGGAGUGGCCUCGGGGGUGGGGGGAGUUGUGGCCGGCAGUGCAGCCCCUGCCUCUGGCAGGAGGCUGGCGCCAGGCUCUGGAAGGCAGCAGCCUGCGGCUGGACAGCGCUGCCUGUGUCCCCUAGGAACACAGGCGUACAGCCCGCCCGAGUUGGUCGCCAUGGGCUGCUACCGCGGCGAUUCGGCCACCGUGUGGUCCCUGGGCGUGCUGCUGUACGCAAUGGUGUGCGGGAGCCUCCCCUUCAAGGACAACCGCGCCAUCGUGCUGGGGCAGCUCUUCUUCGGGCCGCAGGUCUCUCCAGAGUGCCAGCACCUCAUCUGCUGGUGUCUGUCCAAGCACCCCGCGGACAGGCCACAGCUGGAGGAGAUCUUGCGCCACCCUUGGCUGCGGGGCUGGCGGUUUUGAGGCCUUGCCAGAGCCUCUGCAGCACCCAGGUACCCGGGCCCAGGCAGGACUCAAUAAAAGACAAAAACACCAAACCAACCACAAACCAAAAAAUAAAACAACCACCAACCCAUUCCCGGCUGUCAGGUCUGGUGCUAUUUGGGACCAUUUCCACUCCGAGCCGAGCCCCAAUGUCCCCUCAUAAUGACCGCCAGCUUGAGGGAGGAGCCGCCAUUUAAGGGAAGCCGUGAGGGGCAAGCAGUCACCCCGCAAAGAAAUGGGGGUAAUCUGGGAAAACACCCACACAUAUCAAACACCCACCAGCUCCCCGAGUGAGGAGGGACCCUGGCAACUCCCAGAGUGACGCCAGCUCCUCUGGUCACUUUUGAAACGUCACCCCCGAAGGGCACGGGAGCAGGUGAUUCCCCAAUGUCAGCAGGCAAGCAGGUGAGGCAGAAGGCUGGC